AUGGAUAUUACAAUAACGAGACACUUCAGUUUGGACGAAUCGUCAAUGCGAAGCGGAGCGCUAGUAGCAAUGGAGGCCGAGCCCGACCUCAGCACUUUCGAAAAUAAAUCAGGACUCGCUGAAGAUAUGAAAUUUCUUGCUUCUAUGCCAGAGUUGUGCGAUGUCACUUUCUUGGUAGGGGACACAAGGGAACCCGUGUGUGCCGUGAAAGCUGUUCUUGCAGCGAGAAGCAGGGUUUUCCAAAAAAUGCUCUACCAAGCACCAAGCCCUCAAAGAAAGAAGGAACCAGCACCACGAGAGAAUAAGCUAAGACUAUUCUUGAAGAGAUCGUCUGAGCCUUUAUUAAAUCUUCAAAACGCCGCCCAACAGAGAUCAACUUUCGCGCAGCAAUUGGCUCCAAUUCAAGAGCCUUCCUCUCAACAACACCAGACGCUUAUAAUCGAAGAAUUUGAACCUGAUGUAUUUCGCCAGCUUAUUGAGUAUAUACAUACAGGAUGUGUUACCCUUCAACCUAGGACACUCUUAGGUGUAAUGAAUGCUGCAGAUUACUACGGUUUAGAUGAGCUACGACGCGCAUGCGCAGGUUUUGUUCAAUGCUGCAUCACAGUUGAUACCGUGUGUGCUCUUUUAGCGUCCGCUGAGAGAUACAUCCAAUAUAAAUGCACCAAAUCAUUAGUACAAAAGGUACUAGAGUUCGUUGAUGAACAUGGAAACGAUGUUCUAAAUUUGGGUUCGUUCACCCUGUUGCCUCAACAUGUAGUCAGGCUGAUACUCGCAAGAGAGGAGCUUCGAGCCGAUGAGUUUACUAAGUUUCAGGCAGCUUUGAUGUGGAGUAAGAAGUAUUGCGAUACAAAUCCAAACAUGUCAUUGAAAGACGUGAUUGGAAAUUUUCUGGAAUACAUCCAGUUUCACAAAAUCCCUGCAAAUGUUUUGAUGAGAGAAGUUCAUCCACUCGGUCUGGUGCCCUACUCGAUUAUCAUGAAUGCAUUGGCUUAUCAGGCAGACCCGGCCAGCGUAGAUCCAGGCAAGCUCUCUCCGGCACGAAUCCGGCGCGCCGGCCGCUCCAUGUCCGGGAACGUCCCCCGUCCCGCGCCUGAUCCCGUCCCCGGACCUUCCACUGCACCUACCGCACCCGCAUCAGACAAACAUCCUGAAAAACUUGGUCUCUUCUCCUCUAUAAAGCGUGCUGCUAGCAAAAAGUUUGGCGAUCGACGUUCUCCAACACCUAAAACUCGAGAACCUCGAUCAAAGUCAGAUUCAAUAAAACAUGCAGCAUUAACAAGACAGGUUUCUGAGACAGUGGCAGCGUCUGGAGACCCAACUUUUGAACGCUGCAGACCUAGAAAACGUGACAGUGAAACUGAAUUUCCAGUAAGGAAAUCCACUUCAGAAAUAUCGGAAACCUUUCCAUUUGUUAGAAGAGCGUUGGCAGAAAUUGAAAACGGUCUUAAUUAUUUUAGAAGAUCGAUAACAUCGGAUAACACUGAACCUAAAGUUGUAGUGCAGCCACCUGAACCAGUUGUAGUUGUAGCAGCUGCUGAAGAUGAUCCCCCAGAACCUUCACCACCUCCAAUGACUUUAAAAGAACGUCGUGGUUCUCGAGGUUCUCCGUGUGCAAAUCUUCCACCACUUAUGAUACCAACUGUCACUCCAGAGCCGUCACCUGGCCAUUUAUCACCCAGUCGAAUUUCUCCACAACGUCCAAAGGAGCCAUUAUCAGCACCGGUUAUAGGAAAUCCACCAAGACGAACGCGAACCCGGUCCGAAAUGCCACCAGAUCCGCCACCGCGUACUCCAGAGACUCCACGACCCGCUUCCGUGUCUCCCAAACAUACUUUUGCCUUUAAAAUUGUUUUGAAAAAAGUAGAAAGUACACCGAGUUCUUCCUUUGAUAGGCCAGAUCAA